AUGCUCUCUCGGCUCGCCAGGACCCAAAUUUCCCGGUCCGCGCUUCUCAGUCAGACUCGGCAACUUUCGUUUGACCUCAACGAAACCCAAAAAGAAAUUCAAGCUGCCGCUCUGAAAUUCUCAAAAGAGGUUCUAGUUCCAAAUGCGGCGAAAUUCGAUGAAAGCGGAGAGUUUCCAUGGGAAAUCAUUCGUCAGGCGCAUAGUUUGGGGCUGAUGAAUCCGCAAAUUCCGGAGAAAUAUGGCGGUCCUGGAAUGACGACGUUGGAGACGACGUUGAUUGUGGAGGCGCUUUCAUAUGGAUGCACUGGGCUUCAACUCGGCAUCAUGGGACCAUCCCUCGCGAUCGCACCUGUCUACAUUGCUGGUAACGAGGAACAGAAGAAGAAAUACCUCGGAGCUCUUGCCGCCGAGCCCAUCAUUGCCUCCUACUGUGUCACGGAGCCAGGAGCCGGAUCCGACGUGAAUGGUGUAAAGACCAAAUGUGAGAAAAAGGGAAACGAAUACAUUAUCAACGGGUCGAAGGCAUGGAUCACUGGUGGAGGGCACGCCAAAUGGUUCUUCGUGUUGGCUAGAUCCGACCCGAAUCCUAAAACCCCGGCUGGAAAAGCGUUCACAGCGUUUAUAGUCGAUGGAGACACGUCUGGAAUCACUCGUGGCAAGAAGGAGAAGAAUAUGGGACAGAGAUGUUCGGAUACCAGAACUAUCACAUUUGAAGACGUUCGUGUGCCAGAGGAGAAUGUUCUGGGACCGCCGGGUGCUGGAUUCAAGGUCGCCAUGAGUGCAUUCGAUAUGACUAGACCUGGAGUGGCUGCUGGAGCAUUGGGAUUGUCAUGGAGAUGCUUGGAUGAGUCGGCAAAGUAUGCAUUGCAGAGGAAAGCAUUCGGAACGGAGAUUGCUAAUCACCAAGCCGUCCAAUUCAUGCUCUCCGACAUGGCUAUCAACCUAGAGCUGGCUCGUCUGAUCACAUACAAAUCAGCCACCGAUGUUGAUAACGGAGUCCGAUCCUCUUACAACGCAUCAAAAAGUGCUUCGCAGCGGAUACCGCGAAUCAGGCGGCUGCUAAUGCUGUUCAGAUGCAACGGCUUCAACUCGGAAUACCCUGUCGAGAAGCUGAUGCGCGACGCCAAGAUCUAUCAAAUCUACGAAGGAACGUCCCAAAUCCAACGCAUCGUCAUCUCCCGCAUGCUUCUUGGCCACGUGGCACAGAAUGGUACUAGCCGAAUGUGA